AUGUCGGCCAACGAUCGUCCUGCGUCGUCGUCCCGAUCUCCGCCUCUACUAUGUGGCCAAGAAUCGCGAAAACUCGAUCAAUACACGGAGCUGACGAGUCGUGCCGGCGGUGGCGCCAGUGUUGGUCGUCGAUCGACUCCAACUGGUACCAUUUCCACGUUCGACGGACGCUGUCCACGAAUUCAUCCGGUUCUGACGGAUUUCCCACCUUAG